UGUUAAUUUGUUAGGUAUCUAUCACUUGGUAUAGUAAAAGCGCGAAGUUAUCGUGAUAACAACAUAAAUUUAAAAAUACAAAAUAAAUACAGUUCUUCUAUGCCUUUAGAGUAUACUUUAGAGAAUUGCUAAUGUGUACGAUUUUGAAUAUGUUAUUUUUUGAAAAAUUGAGUGUCAGUUUAUUCUCAAUGCGAUUCUCACGUGCAACCAAGCAAAGGAUCUUUGAUGGAGAGCACUACCAUCGAAAUUGAGCAAAAGUCGCACUCAUUAUCAAUACAGGUGCUCGUGGGAUACCUACCUACACGAAAUGUCCUUUUGCAGUUUUGGAAUCUCCAAGAGAUUUUUGGCAAAUUUAAUUCCCACCAAAUUUUACUAAACGAAAUUUCAAAGCAGGAAUUCACUCUGCAGAUCGCUGAGUCGACUGAUUAUUCGUGAUCUAUCACCUGAUGCGAUCACAUUGAUGCAAUUAUGUUGAGCAAUACGUUUCCAGGAUCUAAUAAAAUGUUACUGCUCUGGUUAUUCGCUAUUAUUCCGAUAUUCUGUAGCGUAUCAAAUGCUGAUACUGUUCCACAUGGAGAACCUGGCUUACAUGGUCCACCUGGUCUACCGGGAACAAAAGGAGAUGGGGGAGAGAUGGGACCACCGGGAUUAACUGGAGUUCCUGGACUAUCCGGAUCACUCGGACCGAUCGGACCACCUGGACAACCCGGACCUGUUGGAUUUCCUGGAUAUUAUAAGGGCCAAAAAGGAGAAACUGGACCAAAAGGAAUUAAAGGAUUGCCGGGUAUAAUGGGAUCUCCUGGAGUAGCUGGAUAUCCGGGCCCGGUGGGAUUUCCAGGUCUAAAGGGUGAACCAGGAUCACCAGGAACCUGUGGUUGUCCGUCUCCACAGAAUGAUGCACCAAUGCCUCACGUGAUAUCUCAGGAAGAAAUCGGUGUUGCAAAAAAUCCUGCUCUAACGUGUCGUGAAAUCGCUGCCAAUGAUCCAAAUUCUCCGAAUGGUGAUUAUUGGAUAAAUCCAAGCGAAGGUGACAUAAGGAAUGCUAUUUUAGUCCAUUGUGAUAUUGAAAAACAUAUGACGUGCAUUUACCCACGAGACAUUCGUUCUAAGACUUUUGAUAUUUCUUCUGCCAAGUCAGAAGUAUGGUUAGGAAGUAAUAAUUCUGAUUUCAAGAUUGCUUACAAAAUAAAUCGUCUUCAACUCGCUGCAUUACAAAAACUUUCCAUUUUAUCAACGCAGAAUAUUACUUAUCAUUGCAAAAAUUCCAUUGCUUAUUAUGAUAACGCCAGCAAGAGCUAUGAAAAAAGUGUCAAAUUAAUGGGAUGGAAUGAUAUAGAAAUAACUCCACAAAGUCACCCAAAUUUGCAGUUCACAUCUGACCAAGAUGGAUGCCAAUACAAACGCAACGAGUGGUUAUCUGCAAUCCUUAAUUAUAGAACUGAUAACCCAUCUCGACUUCCUAUCACUGAUAUUGCAGUUCGAGAUGUUGGACGAAGCGAACAGAGCGUUUUUGUGGAAAUGGGGCCCAUUUGUUUCAUUUAAAUUAGAUAGAUGCCUACGAGUAUAUUUUUCUUCACUAAUAACAUCUAUUUCUGCAUUUAAAAUGAUUUUUCAAAUAUAGAAUAUUAAAUUGAUAAAUAAGAAUCUUCUAUUAAAAGAACUUUGCAGAAAAACCUUGAAAUAUAAAAAAAAUCCCCUCUCCACCAUUGUCAACGAAUUGACGAAAAAUGCAUAAGUAGCCUACAUGUCACUCUUGAAAUACAAUUAUACAUAGCAUGAAAAAUGACAUUUUUCGUCAAUUCGUUGACAAAUUGGAGGAGAGUGGAAUUUUUUCACAUAUUCGUCUACACAUUGGUAAAAUAUUUCAAAAAUGCAAAAAAUUUCAUUUUUUAGGUUUCUGAUUGUACUUUUACAACAACUGUAAAACUUGUAAUUUUUUUUCUCGAAAAUGAAAAAAAAUGCCAGUCUAAUUUUUUGAUAUGUUAUUAAACAUGAAAAGGACUAAAACUG